AGGAGCGGGGCGGGACCUGUGGGCUCGUAUAAGAGCAGCACGGCCAAGUUCCUCUACUGUAUUUGAGCUCAGCACCUCCUCCUGCGUCCUGAGGCCCCGGCACUCAUCUCAUCUGCUGAGCCACAACCAGAGAGUGUAGGGUUUAGAAAACAAUGGACGAGUGACAGACAUAUUAAAAUAUAUUGACUUCACUUCACUGUCCACGAGCAGAGCGACUCGCCUCCAUUUAGCAUUUUCCUUUUUUUAUUUGACUCCAAAAACAUUUUUUUUGGAUCGAGGUGGAGACAAAUCUGUGUUUGGAUUUGUCCCUGAAAACUUCCAGCUCUGCGAAGGAUUUUAUAUUUUUUUAAUUAAUUUCUCCUUUUUUCACCUUUCAAAAAAAAAGGGAAAAAAAAGAAAGACAAGGGAGGAAAGAAAACCCGGUCCUGCACAAGUUUAUCCUCAAGAGGUUUGUGUUGGGGAUGUUGAGCUCUGUGAAGAUGGAAACCCAUGAUCUGCCAGAGUGGAAUACUUUCUACAGCGAAGCCAGCGAGAUGUACUCAUCUCCCGCCACCAUGAACUCUGGUCUAGGUUCCAUGAGCUCCAUGGGAACCAGCUACAUCAACCUGAACCCAGCCACUGCCUCCCCAGCAGGUAUGAACAUGGCGUACCCCAGCUCCUCCCUCAGCGGUUCAUCGCUGGUCUCCAUGGCGUCCGGGCCCAGCCACAUGUCCCUCUCCCCAGUGACUUCUUCCCUCAACUCAAGCUCUCUCGCUCAGCUGGGCCCUGCUGCAUCCAGCUCCUUGGGCUCCCUGUCCCACUACCAGAACAUGGGCCAGUCCAUGAGUCAACUGGGAUACCCCUCAACCGGAACCCUGAGCCGUGCCGGGCCCAAGGAGCUUCCCCCGAAGCCAUAUCGACGCUCCCUGACCCACGCCAAGCCACCAUACUCGUACAUCUCCCUCAUCACCAUGGCGAUCCAGCAGAGCGGCUCCAAGAUGCUCACUCUGAAUGAGAUCUACCAGUGGAUCAUGGACCUGUUCCCCUACUACCGUGAGAACCAGCAGCGCUGGCAGAACUCCAUUCGCCACUCGCUCUCCUUCAACGACUGCUUUGUGAAGGUGGCUCGCUCGCCAGACAAGCCAGGCAAAGGUUCUUACUGGACUCUGCACCCGGCAUCGGGCAACAUGUUUGAGAAUGGCUGCUACCUGAGGCGACAGAAGCGCUUCAAGAUCGAGGAGAAGUUGAAGAAAGCAGGCAAGAGCCAGGAGGGGGGUUCAGGGAAAGGAGGCCACGGUGGAGAUCACCUGGUGGGGGAUCACAGCCCCACAGGAGGAUCAGAGGGCGCUGACUCCGCCCAUUCAGACAACUCCCACCCGGGCUCUUCAGAUGACCAGCCGCUUUCCAGAAACUCCCUGGUUCCACUAGACCGCCCUCCACUGUCAUCCUCACACCUCCAUAGCCCACCCAUCUCUCUGCCACCAUCAUCCUCCACCUCAUCCUCCAUCCCUCCCUCCUCCCUGUCCCUCUCUGUCGCCUCCUCUGCUUCCUCCUCCAACCCUCUCCUCCACUCCCAGUCCUUAGCAGGUAGCAGCCACCUCCUGGCCAGCACCAUGCAUCAACACAUGGACCUACAGAGCGAUGCCCUCAAGUCCCUGGAUCCCCACUACAAUUUCAACCACCCCUUCUCCAUCACCAACCUCAUGUCCAACGAGCAGAAGAUGGACCUGAAGUCCUACCAGGACCAGGUGAUGGCCUACAACAGCUACACUGGUGGCUCUCCUGUGACAGCCAAGCAGAUCUACGACAGCCCCGGGCCGGCGGCCAUGGACUCUGGUGCUUAUUACCAAACUCUGUACAGUCGCUCGGUGCUCAACGCCUCCUAAAGUGGACACUGACGUACAUCUACACACCUGUCUGUCGUGGUGAGCCAAGAUGGAGACUUUUCUCCUUUCUGCUUGUCUUUUCUAAAAUGGACACCCAUGCUCUCUUUAUCUACCUGUCUGUCCUCGUCUGUGGCUCACGUCCAGUGGCCUUGAAAGAGUCUCACAUCUAAAAUGGCUGCCGUGUUUGAAGGACUAAAGAACCCCCCCCUUUUUUUUAUUUAACCAGCUCUAAUGAACAUGGAAAGUGGGGCUGGUUACAUGGAGGACAGAAAAAGAGGAGAAGUGGUCACUGAUAAUGAAGACAUUUGACUCAUCCGUGUGUUUGAGUCAACAUAGACGUGAGAUCCCGCCGUCGCAGGUGCACACUGCGCGGCUAAAUUGGCUUUUGUACAAAAUGUAAAUAGAGCUAAUGUGUGGGGGAAAAGGAUAUUUGCAUUUAUUUAUGAAGGGAAUAAAUUUUAAUAUAUCUUGUUUAUGUGCUCUAUCAACAGUUACAACCCAAAUGUGACUUCUUUUUUUAAAAACCAAAAAAACAAAACAAAAACAAAGGCGAGUUUCAGGUUACUGCUUCAGGCAGGUGUUACUGCAGCGGGAGACAGUUGAGUACAUUUCCUUUUUGUUACAACAUUUCAUGUUAGGUCUGUUGUGUCAGGCGUCCAUCAAUGUAAAUGUAGCUUAUUAAGAAAAAACUAACAAAAGAAAAAAAAAACGAACGACGUGUAAUUUUGUGUGAUAUGACGAAGGUUAAAAGGCCAUUUUGUCAUUGAUGGAGCACAGAAGAUUUAAAGUUAAACUUCAGCCAGAAAGAAGGAGACAAAGUAACUGUGGUAAAAACAAACAAACAAAAAAAAACUUAAAUACAUUUUUUUGCAUUUCUGUUAUUCAUGGCCCAGAGUCAUUUCCUGUUGUUACCUAUAUGAGUGCAUUGGAGCUAAGUGGUUUCCCACAGACAGAGGAGGUGCAUGGGAGAAUUCAGUCAGUUACUAAAACAGUGGAGGGGAGGAGAGAUGCACUAUGGGAGGAUUUACAUACAGUACUUUGCACUAUGGAGCUCCCACUGGUCAGGUGGGCUGAUAGUGUGUGUGUGUGAGUGUGUGUGCGUUACAACAAUACUUAAAUGUGAGAAUGAAUGACCCCCUUACACUGUCAGUGCAUCUGCUCAGUGGGAUCAGUGGAACAAUGUCACAGGUUGUGAAAUGACCCUCGCUGUCCAGUCACUUCCUUUUUUUCUUCACGAUGACCUGACAGAGAGAGAGAGAGAUCAAUGUGUUGACGAUCGAUUGAAGGAUUAAAACAGCAGAGGACGCGGAAGUUUCAGGUCACAUGACUGUCCUCUGUGGAGCAUAUUUUAGUUUCAAAGAGAAGUGUCUUUUAUUUAAGCUAUGUUCCUUUUCAAACUUUGAAAGUGUGCUGAUAUAAUAUAUUGUUUUUUUGUGUCGUUGUUUUUGUUGUUGGUUUAAAU